UAUGAUCCGUAUGAUAAUAGAGGGACUGAGUACAUAUGGCUUCAAGGUUUUGGCUACUCUAGGGCAGAAUUGUAAGCUUAAUGUGGAAGUUAAUGGUCAAGUAAUUUCUAAACUGCUCGUUUAAGAUGCUAGUACUUGAAAGAAAUAUCUGCAAAUUUAAGCGUGCCAUUACGGCAAACAGAAGCUGUCGCAUCUGCAGCUCAGCAAAUGAUGAAAUAUUGGUGGAGAAAUUAGGCUCUGUUACAACAAUCGGUAUAAACCGACCCCAGAAAAGGAACUGCAUAAACAAAGCAUCAGCAAGUAAACUGUCAAGAGCAAUUUUAGAAUUUGAAGAAGAUGAGUCAGCUCUUGUUGGAGUACUACAUGGUAUUGGAGGAAAUUUUUGUGCAGGUUAUGACCUGGAGGAGUUGUCAGGGUUUGAUCCUGAUAUGGGACUUGGCGAUGAAGCGGGACAUGGACCAAUGGGUCCAACGAGAAGAAUGAUAAAGAAGCCAAUGGUGGCAGCUAUUAGUGGAUAUGCUGUGGCUGGUGGAAUGGAACUGGCAUUAAUGUGUGAUCUGAGAGUUAUGGAGGAAACAGCGAUUAUGGGCAUCUUUUGUCGACGCUUUGGAGUGCCUUUAUUGGAUGGAGGUACAGUUCGACUGCAAGCCUUGGUGGGAUUGUCUCGAGCUCUAGACUUAAUACUCACUGGCCGAGCCAUCAAAGCCAAAGAAGCAUUUGAAUGGGGCCUUGCAAAUCGUCUCGUUGCUUGUGGGACAGGUUUGGGUCAAGCUAUUAAUUUGGCAACCUCUCUAGUAAAAUUUCCCCAGGCAUGCCUGAGGGCUGAUCGUGUUUCUACAUACAACAGUGCUUUCAACGCAGGCAGUCACGAAGAAGCAUUGGAAUUUGAGAAAAAUAAUGCUGCCCACGUAGUAUUACAGGAAUCAGUAGCAGGAGCUAAACAGUUUAUGUCUGGUGUGGGAAGACACGGGAAAUUUUAUAAUCUAACUGACAGAAAGCAAACUCAACCAAUCAAAAGCAAAAUAUGAAAGUAUUUCUUUGUAAUAUUGAGCUAACGUGGUUUUUGCAUUGUUAGGCAGAGAGAGAGAGAGGUGUCAGAACAUGGUUUAAAGCAUACAAAUGUGGUGCUUAUUUUAGAACACUGAAACAUUCAUGCAUGAUGAAUUUCAACAGCCUUAAGAUACACAAAAGGAAACUUCUUGGCUACAAAGUUCAUAAUGGAAAGAAUGAAUACUGAAUUUGCUGGCUGCUGUCAGCUUUGUAUAUGGGAAUAUUAAACAUGGGUUCACCGUAAAAAUUUCUUUUCCUUGUACACAGUAAACUAGAGGCAGUCGCUUGUUGCUCUUUGUGAGGGACGGUGGAAAAGUGCAUGUGAUAUAAUUUCAUAAACUUUAAAUGAAUAUUAUAUGAGGUGUGACAAAUAAGUCCCUGGAAUGCCCACAUUCGUCACGUCGAGUACCGAGUGAGCAAUAACUUGGCAGUGACAUGUUACGACGUGUUUGUGUCUUGCGUGUUCGUGAAGCUAAUAAGGCAAUGGUAGUGGAGCUAUGAGCAUGGCAAUUUAGUACAACAGCCAACUGAAAAUUGUCAUGAUUCCUGUCCUCGAAAAGCAGAAGCCAACGUUGCCAAAAGCAAAAUGAGAUAAGACGUGAGAGUAGUUAGUGCUACCCCUCGCAAUGUGAUGGGGAAUGUAUUGUCAGAGUUGAGUAACGAUGUACUGGCCCAUAUGCCCAAACAAUCGUCCCUUGCGAGAAAUCUUCUCAUCACAGAACAGAUGGUCAUUUGCCUAAUCCAACAAUAAGUUUUGACAUUCCUGAGAAGUACCGUCAACUGGUACUUCAUGAUUCAGGUGUAGAUGAUCCAAACAGAAUUCUGGUUUUAGGUGAUAAAGAACUCUUGUUUGAAUUAAACAAAGAUACAGUCUAUGGAGAUGGCACCUUUGAUAAAGUUCCAAACACGUUUUACCAACUGUAUACGUGGCAUGCCAAGGUGGCUAACUCAUCCGCUAUGUAUUUACGUUUUGUUACAGGAAACGAACUUGGAUACUUAUAAUAGAAUGUUUGAAACCAUGAAGCUGUUGGUUCCAAAUCUGGUGCCUCAAAAGGUUUUAGUCGAUUUUGAGAAGGCUUGCAUGAAUGCAGUGAUAAUUGCCUUUUCACAAGCUGAGGUCAAAGGGUGCUAUUUCCAUCUGUGUCAGAGUCUCGUCAGGAAAAUCACUCAGCAGACCAGUUUAUUUCCAUUCACUAAUGUUUUCUUCAAAAAGUAGUGCUGAAGUGGUAAGAAUGAUUGAUGUUUUAGAGGAGCUUGCUGUAUCCUUAUUCAGAGUGAACUAGGCUGCAAAUUCCUUUACGUGCCCCUCCCACCACCUUCAUCCACGCACUUUGGUCACAACAGUUACUGAUUUUCAGGUCCAGUGUCAAUUAUUGGUGAGGUCUGGGAUUCAGCUGGGUCAGUUUAUGAGCAAAGAUUCCUUUGAGUUUGAGGAUAUGGAUCAUGAUAGUUGGAGGAAAUAGGGCGUGAUUGAUGACAUGUGUUUAAUUGGGAGUGUGCUAGGAGAUUAUGGUUUUAGCAAGGUCUUAUGCCCACUGCCCAUGAUAUAAUACACAAGAUAUUCACUGAUAAACACUUUCUAUCAACUGAAGGAUUGUAUGAUCCUGGUCAGUGCUCAGUCCCAUAGCCUGGACAUCAUUCACACUGCUAAACAUACUGUGUAAUAUUACACUGAAUGAUCCGUCUCAUGGGCUCAUUCUGCCAUGCGCUCAUUAGGUUACUCUCUGGCUGAUGUCUUAGAAAUAUCAGUUUCCAUUCUGUGUCAUGUAGAAGUGGUGGCCAUUCCUUGCUGGAGCGUUGCCUUCAAGUUCUGUAUGUGACUGGUGCUAUUUUCUGGAUACUUAUAAUUUUUGGGACAUUUCAUGAUUUCAAAUAACCCAAAUACUUACAUGUGUGCCUCUAAUUUCAUUAGGCAAAACAUUCUAAUAAUGGAGUAAUUUUAUUGUAAAUUGUGGCCAUGAUUUUUAUUUAGUGUAUGGAGAGUAAGAAGUUUUCAAAAGAAGUAAAACAAUAAAUCUUAUGACAUAAG